AUGAGGCACGGAUCAGCGAUACGGAGGGCGUUUGCCCUUGUCCUCGCCUCGGUCCUCCUCUUGCUCGUGCUCGUUGGUCAGACCAACGCCUACUAUGCGGACGAUGACUUUGAUGACGACGAUGCCGCCGAGGCAACCUUGAUAAAGCCACCGGAGGCUGUACAGGCACAAGCUCAGGCCGAUGCAUCGCUACUGUGGGGAAGCUAUCGCCCACAGAUCUACUUUGGGUUGCGGCCACGCCUUGCUGACUCGCUCCUCACCGGCUUGGCGUGGUUCGGCCUGCAAGAUUACUCCGGCUUUCAGCACAUUCGCCAUCAAUGCAGCGAUCAAGAUGGCAUGAAAGGUUUCACAUGGAAGUACCACGACGGUCGUGAGUUCGGUAUUCAAGAGAUCAACGACAAUGUCAACAACUACCGUCUCGAGACUAGCUUUCUCAAGGUCGACACCUCGAACAAAAAUGGAGGCAGCUGGGGCGCACGCAUCUCCGGCACUGUCAUGGAUCCAUCAAAGCCGGCUUCGCUGACCACCUUCUGGUACACCGCCAUCGAGAGCCUAGGUAGUGCGCUUGGACUGCAGACCAACUUCGAAGAAGGUAGCGGCAUUCCAAGGGACGAGCCCGUCCACUUAGCAGGUUCUGUUACUGGUCUCGGUAACUUUGUUCUGCGAAUCGUAGAGCCCGAUGCUCAACAUGGCAACUCCAACACCAACGGCAAUCAAUUCGUCACCAACCCAACUGCUGGCGCUGAUGCGAAAGCCUACGCCGAUACUGUAGGAAAAACUCAUGUCUUUGGCAAACACAUUCCUGUCGAGUCAGUGUGGAAAGCUAAGGAUGUCAUCCAGAAGGAUCUCAUGCUUCAACUGCAGCAAGCAGCACAGACAUACGGUCAAGGUAGCAUGCCUGUUCCUGCCCUCACCACGCGUCUCUCGGACCAGGUGGCAGCCGAAUCCACACUCUUUGCAGUUCAGAAGUCCUUCACUGGCAACUUUACAUUCGACGUCUUCUACGACAGUGCUACGACACCCAAGGGUGAGCUUCUCUCCUCAGCUGCUCUCACUCAAGCACUGAAAGCGUCCAAGCAAGCCUACGAUCAGCGCUUCGACCGAGCCCUUCGUCUUGCGUCUAAAAACUUCACUUUAGAGCAAGUCGAGUUUGCUCGCGAUCUUACCUCGUCCAUCACUGGUGGUAUCGGCUUCUAUUACGGCUCAGCUAUCGUCGACCGGUCUUUCCGGCACGAGUAUGACGCCGAGUCCGGUUCGGGCGUCUACGAUCCCGAAGUACACGGGCAGGCGGAUCCACAGCUUACUGAGCCAGAGCAAUUGUUCACAGCUACACCAUGUCGAAACAUCUUCCCUCGCGGCUUCUACUGGGAUGAGGGCUUCCACCUUGCUCACAUUGGAGCUUGGGACAAUGAUCUCAGUCUUGACAUACUUGGCAGCUGGAUCAGGCUCAUUGACGACGAUGGCUGGGUAGCUCGCGAGCAGAUUCUCGGUGACGAGGCAAGAUCUCGUGUGCCAGACGGCUUCCAGACGCAGUAUCCACAGUACGGCAACCCUCCGACAUUGAUCCUGGCGGUCAGCGCAUACGUCGAUCGUCUUGUAGCACGCAACGAGAAGCUCGGUCUCACUGCUGCACCUUUCGCUCAACAGCAAGUCUUGACCGACUUGGAUGGUCUCGAUGAGGCACCCAUUUACGAGAAGAUGUUGGCCUCUGCCGCGCUUGGACAGUCUUUCUUGCACGAGAUCUACCCCAAGUUGCGUCGCCACUACAGGUGGUUCCGUCGUACUCAGCGAGGCGAGAUUCGCGAGUGGGAUCGUGAUGCUACAUCAAAGACAGAGGGCUACAGAUGGCGAGGCAGGACCAAGGACCAUGUGCUAGCAAGUGGACUGGACGACUACCCACGCGCACCAAUCCCGCAUACGGGCGAGCUGCAUGUGGAUCUCCAUUCGUGGAUGGGCUCGUUCGCCGAUACCAUGUGCAAGAUUGCACGCGUGCUCGGCAAGGAGGAGGACGUCGAAGAGUACGAGAGGCACUACGCAGACAUUGUCGCCAACUUGGAGGAUCUUCACUGGAGCGAAGAAAAGAAGAUGUACUGCGAUGCCAGCGUCGACGAACAGGAUCAGUCUUACCACGUUUGCCACGCGGGUUACGUUUCCCUUUUCCCCUUCAUGUUGGAGCUGCUUCCUCCCGACUCGGCGCACCUUGGCCACGUGUUGAAUCUGCUCUCGGAUCCAGAGCAGCUCUGGUCUCCAUAUGGCAUUCGAAGUCUCAGUCGCAAAAAUGAGUUCUUUGGUCAAGGCGAAAACUACUGGCGUGGUCCUGUUUGGGUUCAUAUGAGCUAUCUCAGCUUGAGAGCGCUCAGAAACAAGUACGCAACCACAUCAGGCCCACACCAGAAACAAGCACAGGAGAUCUAUGACAAUUUGAGGAAAAACGUCGUGGACAACACAUUCAAAGAGUACAACAAGACAGGCUAUGUGUUCGAGCAAUACAACCCAACAGAUGGUCAUGGACAGCGAGGCUAUCCGUUCACUGGCUGGUCAAGUACGGUAGCUCUCAUGAUGGCUGAGAUCUUCCCUUGA